AACAAGUGGUUCGAGAGCAGCUUUUAUCAGACGACGGAUAAAAGUGGCUGCUGGUGACGACCCAGUGGUCGAAUGCAAAGAUUUACAAACAAACACAUGACCUUCUACAACAAGUAAAGUCAUGAGUACAAGGAGAGGAAGGAGUCCUCAGAGUGAGAGAGACACUGAAGGACAAAGACAAGACAGUGUCUAUUCUAAAGCACAACGUGGGGCUGGAAGGAAAGCAGAUGGAGAUGACUGUCCCUUUCCAAAUAAGCCUGUUAGCCACAGAAGUUCCUUCAGCUCCAGGACACACAACUCACUUGAUCGGUUUGAUUCUGAAAACAAUUCUCCUACAAAACAACCUGUUAGAGAAACCACGGGAUCCCAGCAUCGAAAAAAAGACCUACACAGACUGCCCAGUGAAGAACUGCAGCUGGCCAAAGCAAUUCAUGAAAAACAGCUAAAGCUACAGGAGAAGCUGUGGAGGGUUGAGGAGAAAAUAAAACACAAGAUCCAGAGCAACCGUGCUGAAGCUGCUGCAGGCCAUGAUGAGAUGAAGAGGAGAGGCAGGGGACAACCAGAGCGGGGACAAGCUCAGGAAAGAAAACAAGUGGAUGUUAAACAACUUAGGGGGAAGCACGAUCAGCAGAAUGAGGAGAGAAUGAUGAACACAUAUGGAGAAGAUGGGGCUGGAGGGAGAAGAGGAGAAACGAAAGGUGCGGAGAGUUCACAGUCAAAGGGAAAAUCAACUCAGCACAAAGUGAGUGGAGAGAUAAACAAAUCGAGAUGGGAAAAUGUCAAAGAGCGUUCGAGAAGAAAUUGGGAGGAAAAAGAUUAUGAUGUUUAUGGAGAAGAUGUGAGGUCACAGCACGGAAGGGAGAAAACAACAGCACAAAAUAAAGGAGAUGAAGGCUGGACAAGAGAGGAGAAAUACUGGGAAAGAACAUAUGAUGAACAUGAAGACGUGCGUCAGAUUAGUGAACAGAAAAAUGUUGAUGGACUGGAAACAGAAAACCACAGAGAUGCAGAACAUAAGACAUCGAGGGAAUCUUCUCUCCCACCAGAUUUUAGUCCGUCUCAUUCAGGCAGACGACAGGAGGAGGAAGAGGAGGAGCUGGGAUCCAUGGAUAGCACGGGUGCCAACUUCCAGCUUUUCCCUUGCAGAAUGUGCAACAGAAUGUUUGCUCGGGAAAGGCUGGAAAAACAUGCGCAAAUCUGUAAAAAGGUGAAACAGUCGCAUCGUCAGGUCUUCAACUCUUACGCUCACAGAACCAAAGGAUCUGCCUUAGAGGAGUACCUGAAAACCCACACCAGGAGCAAGACUCCAGAGGUUUUCCAGAAAAAGAACUGCAGACAAAAUGACCAAAAGGCCAAGACAAAGACUGUGCAGCACGGUCGACUCCCGGCUGGAACUUCACAGUCAAAGCGGUCCAAGUGAGCCGACUGAGGAGGAUGAUAGGACACUGAUGCUGGGACCAGUUGAAUAAAUCAUGUUAUUGUUCAUAGAAUGUCUUAGUUGUUUUGAUUUUGACUUGUAAAAAUGUAUUCCUUUACUAAACAAAGCUGUGCUUUUACAUCUGUGGUUCUUAAUAUCAGGCAGAAUUGACUUUGUACACCCAACAAAAGACUGCUGUUACGUUUUAUUUAUGGUGUUUACACAAAGCACGAAGCAACGGUGGAACUGUGAGAGAAGAAAUGUCUUCCCAUUAUUUGGAUUAAAAUUGCUGGAAAACACAAACCACAUUUAAAUGCUUUCAACAAAUUGUAUAUAUAUAGAUAUAUAUAUAUAAAAAUCACCUGAGGCACAGCAUUGUCAUAUUUCAUAUCACCUUUGGUUUCAAUAGCUUGUAAGGCACUCUUUACUAUAUUUAAAGUACAUUUUACUGCAUGAAAAGAA